AUGUCCAACAUAACACUCAUCGGCGCGGGCACCAUCGGCCUCUCCUUCUGCGCCCUCCACCUAACACACCACCCAACGAGCAAGAUCAUAAUCCAUGACCCGCGCCCCGAUCUCGCCGCCCACAUCCGCGCCCUCCUCCCUGGCUACCUUCUCACCCUCUCUGUCGACGCUCUCCUCGCGUCCGGCCAGCUCCGCACCGCACCAACCCUUGAGGAGGCCAUCACCCCCGAAACCGACAUCGUCCAAGAACAGGGCCCCGAGAACCCCGCCUUCAAGACGGCGCUCUGGCCACGUGUGGAAGCGCUCGCCAGCGAUGCUUGUCUCCUGUGGACAUCGACCUCGGGGAUCCCCGCAAGCGUACAGAGCGUCGACAUGAAGGACCCCGGACGCCUCUGUGUGGUCCAUCCAUUCAACCCGCCGCACAUCAUGCCCCUGAUUGAGGUUGUGCCGUCGCCGCUGACGUCUGAGGCGCUGGUGCAGAAGGCCGUGGACUACUUUGAGGGUAUACAGUAUAAGCCGGUGGUGCUCCGGAAGGAGUGUAAAGGGUUUGUGCUGAACCGGCUGGCGUUUGCGCUGCUGAGGGAGGCGUGCCAUCUGGUGCGCGAGGGCGUCACGGAUGUGAAGGGGAUUGACGAGAUUGUUGAGAACUCGCUGGGGAUUAGGUGGAGUAUUAAGGGCCCGUUUGCGUCAUACCAUGAUGGUGGCGGGAAGGGUGGGUUGGGCGCAUUUGUGGCAAAUCUGGAGGGGACGAUUCAGAAUUGUUGGGAUGAUGCGGGGACCUUGGGGAUGCAAGAUGAGAUGCUAGGAGGUGGCGGAAAGUGGAAAGAUGAAGUUGUGAGGCAGACAAUGGAGGCCUAUGGAGAGGUGAAGGAGCAGAAUUUUGUUGUAAGAGAUAGGGUGUCGAGAGAUGUGAUUAAGACUAUCAGGGAGGGGAAGGCGAAGACAGAUUAG